GCCGCCCCCCAGCGGACGACGUCCGCUGCACGGCUGCAGUUCGGAGCGGUCGGCGGCGGUCGCGGUCGCAUCCUGGGUUUUGCGCGUUUACCCCGCCGCUUAACCAGCCGGUCCGUGUGCACGUGUAUGUACACGGACACGCACUCACCUUCCUCCUUUCGUGUCUCCACCGCUGGCCGAACGCACUAGGAUUUCAAGAAGUGACAAUUGCAGGACAAGAUGGAGAGUUACACAGGUUAACGAACCAGGAGACGUUACCGAGAAGUAAAAGAAAAACCUUUCUGUCCAUCUUGCACCACCAGCCCCAGCCCUGGAUCACCUCCACAGAACGCUUGCUCCACCCCUGUGCUUGUAUCCUGGAGCACCAUUACCAGAAAUCCAGACUGCAGUUCCCAUCUGUGCAAAGGACAUCAAUGAUCACUUGAUGAAAAAAUUUGCUUUUCUUUCUGGUGGUCGAGGGAAGGAUAAUGACUGGAUCAUAACAUUUCCGGAAUAUGCUCAUUUCAGAGAAGUGCCUGAGGAUGCUUUAACGAAAGUUUUGACUUACUUAACAUCUGUUCCAAGGCAACAUGAACCUGAUAUCAAAUUUACCCUUAUUCUGGAUAGACGACUAGAUACAUGGGCAUCUAUCAAAAUGACCCUUCAACGAAUAGCUGCUUCUUUCCCCGGGAACUUGCACUUAGUGAUGGUUCUCCGUCCCACCGGGUUUAUCCAGCGCACUUUCACCGACAUCGGAUUUCGGUUUAGUCAAGAGGAUUUCAUACUCAAAUUGCCAGUGGUUAUGCUCAGUUCAGUCAGUGACUUGCUGACAUAUAUUGAUGAGAAGCAGUUAACUCCUGAGUUUGGGGGCACGUUGGAAUAUUGCCAUAGCGAAUGGGUUAUCUUCAGAACUGCUAUAGAGAGCUUUGCGCUCACUGUGAAGGAAGUUGCUCAGAUGUUACAGUCCUUUGGAACAGAACUGGCAGAAAGAGAACUCCCAGAUGACAUUUACUCAUUAGAACGGAUCCUGGCGGUGCGUACUGAAAAGUACUAUCAGUUGAAGGAAGAUAUCACAACAGUAAUGUAUGAAGGAAAUAUGCUGCUAAGAAACUUAGAAGUGCCUGACGUCAGAAAUUCAAGUCAAGAAACUCCUCAGGAGAAGACUGGAGAUUGGGAUACUGUUAAUAGAUUGCUAGCACAGUUACAUGAGAUGGAAACUGCCUUUGAUGGAUUUUGGGAAAAACAUCAACUAAAAAUGGAGCAAUAUCUACAACUCUGCAAGUUUGAGCAAAACUUUCAAGAGCUCAAGAAUGCUAUUGAGUUUUUAAUGGCUCAGCAAGUGGAACUGCCUGUUACUGGAGAAAAUGUCUCAGAAGUAAAACAAAGACUGACUGAUUUGGGAAAUUUGGAUGAAAUGGCUCAGGAAUUAAUAGGCAAGGCCCAGAUUGUGAUAUUACAUGGUCACCAGCUAGCAGCGAACCACCACUAUGCACUUAAUUUAAUCUGCCAGCGUUGUAAUGAGUUACGGCACCUUUCUGAUGUUUUGACGGAUGAGAUCAAAGCAAAACAAGUACAACUCAGCAAGACCUUGGAACUUCAUUCCCGACUGCAACAGGCACUUGCGUGCUGUGAUGAAGGGGCAUAUCUUUUAGCCAAUCAGCAGAUGGAUAAGUGUCAGUCUAAAGAAGGUGCUCAACAAGCUCUUCAAGAUAUAGAAAAAUUCCUUGAAACUUCUUUACCAUGCUUAAAUUAUAAUCCUCAAGUUCUGCAAUAUGAUUUCGAGUCAAUUUUAACUCCUGAACUUAAGGCUCAGAUUCAGUCCGUACAGAUCAAGCUUGAAAAUGUUCGAAGUAUGUUUGAAAGUCGGCAAGCUUGUUUCAAGAAACUGACGGAUAAGCAAGUGAGGCCAGUCCAACUCGUAGCACCUCGACCUGAAAACACAUCUAGAUCUAGAUCUCCAUUAUUCUCACCCAAGCAUGGUGUUGAUUUUAAUUCCAGCUUGAAAUUCUCCUUUGAUAUUUCUCUGCCUGGAAAGAAAACAUCAAGAAAAAGUCAAACCUCUCGCAAGAUUGAAGUAAUGCACGAUUAUCAAGAAAAACGAAAUUCUUUACAAUCUUUUAUCUCAGAGAGUGAUGAUAACUUGGAUGUAUUAAAAAGCCAUGUCAUAAAUGAACUAAUAGAAACUGAGAGGGUGUAUGUAGAGGAACUGUUCACUGUGUUGAUGGGCUACAGAGCUGAAAUGGACAAUCCAGUGAUGCUAUUUCUUAUGCCCCCUGCACUAAGAAACAGACAAGACAUUCUCUUUGGAAAUAUGCCAGAAAUAUACGACUUCCAUAACAGCAUUUUUCUGCACAGCCUUGAAAGUUGCGUUGGAGCGCCAGAAAGAGUGGGAUUUUGUUUCCUGGAGAGGCGGGAAGAUUUUCAGAUGUAUGAGAAAUACUGUCAAAACAAGCCCAAAUCAGAGUUACUUUGGAGACAGUGUUCUGAAAGCACCUUUUUCCAGGAAUGCCAAAAAAAACUGGAACACAAACUUGGUCUGGAUUCAUAUUUACUCAAACCAGUGCAACGUCUAACUAAGUAUCAGUUACUUCUGAAGGAAUUGUUGAAGUACAGCAGCAGCUGUGAAGGAGUUCAGGAGUUGCAGGAAGCUCUCAUUGCAAUGUUGGAUUUAUUGAAGUCAGUCAACGACUCCAUGCAUCAGAUUUCAAUAACCGGCUAUGACGGUGACAUAAAUGACCUUGGCAAGAUAUUAAUGCAAGGAUCUUUCAGUGUGUGGAUAGGACAUAGAAAAGGGGCUACAAAAAUGAAAGAUUUGGCUAGAUUCAAGCCAAUGCAGCGGCACCUUUUUCUAUAUGAAAAAGCCAUCAUGUUUUGUAAGAAGAGAGAGGAGCAUGGAGAUGGAUAUGAUAAAACAUCCUCAUAUAGUUUUAAACAUUAUUUGAAAAUGAAUGCAGUUGGCAUUACAGAAAAUAUUAAAGGCGAUCAUCGCAAGUUUGAAAUUCGGUACAGUGGACGGGAAGAAGUGUAUGUUGUACAGGCCCAGACAGUAGAGAUGAAGAUGGCAUGGCUAAAUGAAAUAAGAAAAGUUUUAUUUAAGCAGCAGGAACUUAUAAAAGUCGAGAAGCAACAGUGUCAGUUAACAGACCAGGUCCAGCUUUCCCCUCAGCUGAUUGAUAGGAAACAGCAGAGGGUAUCCGUUAGUUCAGAAGAAAAUGAGUCUGAUCGCACAAGCCCUAUAAUGUUGGACAGUGUGCUCCUUUCACCGCAGCAUAAACCAGACAAAAGUUGGCCAGGGAUGUCACAGUCUGUGGAGCUCUGUGAAGGUCUAGAAGACUGGGCGACCAGUAGUUACUUAUCCACUUGUUCAGACACAGAAGAAGAAGAUGGCAGCCAACUGUCGCCAGGCAAGUAUAAAGCAUUAGCAGACUGUAAGACAAGAGGAUCAGAAGAUCUACUGGUUAAAAAUGGAGAUGUAAUUCAACUUCUACAUGAAGAUGCUGAGGGUCAAUGGUUGGUGAAAAAUAUUAACAGAAAAAAAGAAGGUCUGAUUUCUGGGAACAGUUUACAAGUUUUAAUUGGUGACUGUAGGUUUCGGAAUGCCAAAAUUGCAGAUGCUGCCCCGAGUAACACACGAAAUCUAAAUUCCCCUUGAAUUAAGGGAGAAAAACAAAAUUUAUGUUUUGUUACUCCUUUGGAGUCACGAACUAGACCUUGCUCUAAAGGCAUUUCAGAGAAAUAGCACAAUAGUUGGAAUCACCCUGUAUUUUCAUGACAUUCACAGACCUUCUAACUUCAUCUGCACUGAGCUGGCCUGCGAUUCCCAACUGUUUGUCUCAGUCAUUAAAGAAGGCAUUCUUCACUCCAUUUCACAGGGAGAAUGACAGUGGUGUAUUGGUUAUGCCUACAAUUUUCAUGGCACCCAUCUCUAAACUCCAUCUGAAAGCUUGAAAUUGAUUCUACUUACGCAUCAUAGGUUGAAAUCUAUACCUACUUUUGAAAUCAAAAGUAGAUUUGUGGCAGAUUGUGGUAGAUUUGAAACCGAACCAGUUCACCUUUUGGAAACCAUAAAAAAAGAAAAUGAAAGUUCACUCUUUUUUCCUAGUCCAUAGAUGUUUUACUAUUUCAACUUUGUGAAUGUAGUGCACCAAAAGGGUGUUGUUUGGGUAAUGUAAUGUUGCAAUAAUGCUUAUGUACCUCUUUUUGCACUUUGACUGGCAACUCAUGGUUGCCAGGUAUGUCUUAGGGUUCCAGAAUUUUCCAAGGCAAAAACUUGUAUCUAGUAAGUGUUGAAGUUUACAUUUUAUGCAUUGUUAUUUAGGAACAUGUGCCAUAAUUAUAAUUUAGAUGUCCAUAUUUGCACUAAAGAUGUUCUUAUUAUAAGAUCAUACUUUUCAACAUCUUUAUGAUAUGCCUACUUUUGAAAUUUUGGAAAAGGAGUCAAUUCUAUCGAUAUUUUUCCUAAUUUAUUUUGUGUUUUUUGUUCUUGUUUUUCUGUAUAUAAUACAGAUGUACAGGUGAUUUGACUUUGAAAUACAGGGUCAGUCAUAUGCAUGUGGAAUUGAAUUUCUAUGGUCUGAUUUGACUGAUAUGUUUUAUAUUGUGGACUGCAGAAGAAGAAUGCUUUGAACCAAACUGAUUUUCUGAAUCAAGGAGUCUGAGUUGUAUUAUAGACUGUUACAUUAGGUAUCUGGUUUUUGGUGAUAGUUUUUGUAUAAGGGAGUGUUGGACAUUGUAAAAACCUGCAAGUCAGGCACUUCAGUACAUACUUUGAUCAGUAACAACAAUUAUGCCUAUGGCAUUUUUUGAAGUCUGUUCCUUAAAAACAGAUUAGUUGCAUUUUAUCUAGGUUACCUGGAAAUUUGGGGAUUUCAAAAUGUCAAAUAGUUGGAAUUCUUGAUAGAUAAUAUUCAUUUUUCAGAAAUAUUUCCCUAUUUUAAAAAUUGCAUAAUAAGACAAUUUGCCUGUUUAAAAAUACAAAUUAAACCCAAGUCAGUCACUGUUAAGACCACUUUCGGGAAUUCUGGCACAGAUUUGGAAGGUGUGAACUUGAAAAUUAAUGUUCCUCCUCUUUAUUCAUAUUACAUAUUCAGUCAAGUGGUUUAAUCAUUUUUGUUUUCAAUAUUACUUUUAGACCUUCAAUCAUUUAUAAAACUAAUGGGUUUGGUGGAUCCAAGUGUACAGCUAGGGUCUUUUAAAUGUUUUAAAACAUCACACAAUGAAUAUUUUGUUUGUAUAUGUUUUAAAAUGCAACUGCUCUGUAUAAAUUUUAUUAGGCUAUACAUGUAUAUGUUACGGUAAACUAUGAAGGGGAUUUCGCUAAUCUGAAAAUUCAGUGAUGUUGUAAAUCUACCAGUAAAAAUGUGUUCAUUCUGUAUUUUAAAAAAAUCAAGAACUGUUUAAAUAAAUGACAUUCAUGAAUCUUUA